UUGAUUGAGAGGAUAAAAGUGUGAGCGCUUCUAUUUCCCGCUAUUUUUCUCCCUCCCACUCACCCCUAAAAAACCAGCGAUUAAUUAAGUUGAUUGAAGUCUUAGUAGGAUGGAAAAUGCAGAACCAAAUUUCUCAAAGUUUGGUAUUUCUGAAGAGGAAGGCGAUAAGCUUGUUGCAGAUGUGAUACGCUAUGUCCUAUUUAAAACACACCAGAAUUCUGGAGGCCCAAUCAAGAGGGAAGAGCUCACUCAACUAAUCACAAAAAACUAUAAUGAUCGGUCUCUUCCAGCUCUUGUCCUAAACAAGGUCACUGCAAAGCUGUCAAGCAUUUUUGGGUAUGAUAUGAAAGAGCUGCAACGUGCCCGUCCUUCAUCAACAAAUCAGGCCCGUGCUUCACAGAGCUCUUCAGAUGCAAAGUCAUAUAUAAUAACAAGUCAGUUAGAUUCCGGAGUUUACAGAAAACACAUUGAAGAUACUACUAAAUCACAUUUGACAGGCUUCACGUUUGUGGUCAUUGGCAUUGUUCAUCUUGCUGGAGGCAAAAUUACCGAAGAAAGUCUCUGGCACCAUUUAGGGCGAUUGGGUUUGUCCCAGGAUAAUGAAAAACAUGUCGACUUUGGAAGCACCAAGCAGGCAUUGGAAACACUUGUUCAGCAAAGAUAUUUGCAGAAGGAUAAAACUAAUGGCCCUGAAGGCUUAACGUUGUAUUAUGAGCUUGCAGAGAGAGGUCUGCUUGCGACAGCUAGCAGUAGCUUUAAAGAGUCCAUAUCACAGAUUGUGACUAGCGAGGCGGCUGCGGUUGACCUUGACUAGCAGCUUAUUGUUGUAAAUUUGGCGUAAGGAACGAACAAUCAUCUUCUACUAUUUUGGGGUCUGCUACAAAUAUUUUUUCUCUUGCCGUAAACAAAGGGAAUCAAAUUGAAUCAGGUUUGUGGAUCUUGUUAAAUCACUUAAAUUGACAAUAUGACCAUGUAUCUGUUUUUCUGCAACUCCUUUUUUUUUUUUUGGAACGGCGGUGCUAAAAUGCAAACUACUGUGAGGUUAGGCUACUUGGUAGAAGUUUUGGCCUCUUGGAGAAAAAGUUUAGGUUCAAAUCUUGGUAAUGGUGUUUCUUCGAGUUUAUUGAGUAAAGUAGGAUUUGUUGUUAAA